UACUCUAUAUAUUCCUUUUUCUAGGUAAAUAACUUGUGCCCAUGAUAAAGAGGAAAAUACCAGUAUCCAAGUAGGUAAAUUUCUCCUUCAUUUUGCUGCUGCUGUUUUGAAUCUACAAGCUGAAAAACUGGAAGACUUAUCUGAAGAAGAUUUAACUGAAUUAUUCCUGUAAAUAAAAAGACCUUUUACACUCCUGGAAAAUGGCUGAUAUUGAGAACUGUGAUUUGAAAUCUUUGAGUCCACUUCAACUGUUUGAAAAAGUAACUGAGCAAGGAGAAAAAGUCAGAGCCCUAAAAGCAGGAAAAGCACCAAAGGAUGAAAUUGAUGCAGCAGUGAGGAUGCUGCUGUCACUAAAACUGUCAUAUAAAACAGCAACAGGACAAGAUUAUCAAGCAGGCUUGCCUCCGAGAGAUCUUGCAUCAAUAAACAAUUGUACUAAAGAAGAGAGUGAGGACCUUGUGGACCCCUGGACUGUGCAGACCUCAAAUGCUAAGGGCGUGGAUUAUGACAAACUCAUAGUUCGAUUUGGCAGCAGUAAAAUUGACACAGAUCUGAUUAAUCGAAUAGAAAGAGCUAUUGGGCAAAAACCACACCGCUUUCUACGCAGAGGAAUCUUUUUUUCUCAUAGAGAUAUGGACCAAGUCCUUCAUGCUUAUGAAAAUAAGAAGUCCUUUUACCUUUAUACUGGCAGAGGCCCUUCCUCACAGGCAAUGCAUGUUGGUCAUCUAAUCCCGUUUAUAUUCACAAAAUGGCUGCAAGAAGUAUUUGAUGUUCCCUUAGUUGUGCAGUUAACUGAUGAUGAGAAAUACCUUUGGAAGGACCUGACAACUGAGAAGGCACAUGAAUAUGCUAUAGAGAAUGCAAAAGACAUUAUUGCAUGUGGUUUUGAUGUCAAUAAAACCUUUAUCUUUUCUGAUUUAGACUACUUGGGGACAAGUACAGGAUUCUACAAAAACAUCGUCAAAGUUCAGAAGCAUGUUACAUUUAACCAAGUGAAAGGAAUCUUUGGCUUUACAGACAGUGAUUGCAUUGGAAAGAUCAGCUUCCCUGCUAUCCAAGCUGCUCCAUCAUUCAGUUCAUCAUUUCCACAGAUCUUCAAUGGCAAGGAGAACAUUCAGUGUCUUAUUCCGUGUGCUAUUGACCAGGAUCCUUAUUUUAGAAUGACUCGCGAUGUAGCACCUAGAAUUGGACUUCUUAAACCAGCUUUAAUGCACUCAGUCUUCUUCCCAGCCUUGCAAGGAGCACAGACAAAAAUGAGUGCUAGUGAUCCAAACUCUUCCAUCUUCCUCACUGAUUCUCCCAAACAGAUCAAGACCAAGAUUAACAAGCAUGCCUUCUCUGGAGGUAGAGAUACCAUUGAGGAGCACAGGAAGUACGGCGGUAACUGUGAUGUUGAUGUGUCUUUCAUGUACCUGACCUUCUUCCUAGAAGAUGAUGACAGGCUUGAACAACUGAAGCAGGCAUACACCAGUGGGGAGCUGCUCACGGGGGAGCUGAAGAAGGUGCUUAUUGAAACAUUACAGCCCUUGGUAGCAGCGCAUCAGGAGAGACGCAAACAGGUCACGGAUGAAAUGGUGAAGCAAUUCAUGACUCCACGGAAGCUGGCUUUUGAAUUUUGAAGAAAUGCCUAUGUGACUUCUCACUUGAUAAACCAAAAUCACAUACUUGUUGUCUUCUGUUGUAUAUCAUCACUCCCUGGUUAUGUACAGCCUGCUAUCAGUGCUUUAUAAAUAUUGCUUUUAGUGAGUGUGUACAAUAAACAUCUGAGUAUGGAAAAAUAUGACUCGUAACUAUUUAAAAUCAAAAUAUAUUAAUUGAGGAAUUGAUUCUAUACAGGACAGAAUUGUCUGAUCUUGCAGAGAAGCAUGUCUGUCAGCACAGGACCCUAUUUUAUUGUAUUUCAUGUUGAAAAUAUAAAUAAAAUUUCCAUUUUGAUGCUAAAGUCUAACUUGUAAAUUGUUUUAGAUAUAUUAGUAAGAGAUCGUAUCUCAAACUAAUAACUAACAGCUCCAUUUUCUUUUGUCCUGUGUAGCUUUGUUUACAUUUGAUUCAUGUCCUAUUGGGCAACCAGGGAACCCACUGCAUGCAUGAAAAUGAUGAAUGCUCUGAAGCAGAUUCCAUAGUGACUUAGCCUGAGGUGAGUGUAGACAGGUUGGAGGCCUGUGAGUUGAACACAGGAGAUAGUGAAAAUCUGGUUGACUUUCUUAUCCUCUUCCUCUUCGACCUGGGGCAAAUCACACAAAACUGUCUUUGCUUUCAUUCCUGCAACCAUAAAAUUAGUCGGAAUGCCUCUGAAGGGAGGAGGUGAAACAGGGUUGUAAAGUUCCUUGAUGUUCUCAGGGGGAAGAUAUUAUAAAAAUGCAAAUUUUAGUUUCUACUAAUUGUUGAGUCAUGCUGUGAGAAUGAAGUCACUGCUGGACACAGUGAUGUUUCUAGGGCUCUCUGUCCAGUUUUAUUGCAUCAGAGCAUUGAAACUGGUGGUACUUGUUUUAAAAUCUGCCCCAGUGAGGAAAUCUACUUUGCUGAAAUACCUCAUGUAAUACCUCAUUAUUUUCCUUCUUAAAAAGGACUCUUCACUGUCUCUGGUAUGAUUUAUGGAAGAGCAAUUCACAUGAUUAGCUAGUUUGUUUUAAUAUGUACAGUGCUGACUACAUGCUCUUAGAUCUAUCUUGUAUUUAUAUGGAAUGGACAGUAGCUAACCCAGAUCCAUCUUAUCUAAAUCAAAUAAAAAUACCUCUGAUAACACAGGUGGGCAUUGAUUUGUGGUAUUUGCAAGUCAUUUAAAAUAUGAAGGCACUAGAAUGAGAGUGAAAGAUUUAAGGUUUAAGCUUUACCAGACUGUACUGUGGAACCUAAUAACUAUAUGUAGUCUUUUUUUCUUUAAAAAAAAAGUAUUUUUAGUUUGUAUUUAAGCCUUUGAAGGCAGCUAAUUUUAAACUUUUUUUUUAGACUUUUUUUUACAUUUUUACACAACUGAGGGAGAAUUUUCAAGGCUGAGGCUUCUCAGUGACUUAAGUAGACCUUGGAUCAGGCUGUUUAGUGCCUGAGAGUUUGUUGCACUAUUAGUCCUGCCUGGAUUGGGAGCCAGUGCGAAAUGCCGCCCUUCCCACCUGCGCCAGGUCAGCACUGGCACAGACGUGUCCUGUCCAGCAACGACCUUGGCUCUCUGAGAAGCAAGCAUUCGGGUGCCAGGCUGUGUGCAAGUGACUCCUGUUCAUGUUAUAGUUACAUUUGUUAUAGUUAGGUUUGUGCAAGGACCAAGGAAAGACUGAAAUGCACAGCAAAUUUAGCCUUAUUAUGCA